UACAUGUAUCUAUAACCUACCCUGUUAAUCGUGCAAGUGCGGUUAAAUUCUUUGUGUGUUUAUUUUAACAGUGUAUUUAGUGAAGUUAAAAUCGAGCAUGGAAAUAACUUUUAAGUUUUUCGUGGAAUACAUGACAUGCAAGUCUAAAUGAAAAUAUGGAGUCUACAGAUAUGGAUCCUGUUAUAUUGGCAAUGAUAUUAUUUUUGUGCACCACAUCGUCUGUUGCCAUUAACUUACCACAAGGGGUCAAGGUCAAAUGUCCGGCUAGGUAUCAUGUCCAGGCUAUGAGUGACAGAUCUGUUGAGCUUCUAGUGGUUGAUAACAAGACAGAAUGUGAAAGAUUAAUGAGCGGAAAAAACACAAAAAGGACGAAUGAGAAAGAUGUGAUACCGUCCGUUACCUCAGUAUAUACAGACGGCGGAUACAAGGCUAACAUUAGCUGGCAAUUUAUGCAGACUGGGAGGAGAUUACCAAGGGUGUUUCUCAUUAACCUGACAUUUUAUCAGAUAGAAAGUUACCCAUUUCAGUAUAUCUCUGAUACAUGUGUGGUAUUGCGAUUGACUGGCAGCAGAAAAGUUAAAACCCAGGGACUUGCGAAGUUCUAUUUCGACUGUCUGCCGUUACUAGAUAAACCGGAUGUUGGCCUAGUUGUUCAGUUGUGGAGCUACUCUAGACCUGGGCGACUAUGUAGGUCCCUCGUAUCACUCUCCACACGAACAGGAGUCCACAUGUGUGCCUGCAUUGUGGUCCGGUACACUAUUGCAAAUGUUACAAACAUAUUUGCAAAUAUUCAUAUUUUCACAAAACGGGAUUUUCCUCAUUUGUUUACAGAUGACCACAGCUAUGAGUAUUGCGCCUGUCAUAUAAGUCAUAGGGGAAAACCGAAACUAAGCUGGGAGUAUGACUACAGUGAACACAUAUUCCUCAUCAAUUUUACAAAUGUUCCUCCAUAUUUACAAAGUGCUUCAAUUGAUAUUUCCGAAACCCAUCCUAAGGACAGACAUAUUGAAGAAAUUGAAGUUAGACCGUUUGAUGUAAAAGAUGGUGAAAUACACACGAGAUCUCACAAGUUUAGCGCCGAAAAUUACAAAGUAUAUUUACGUGUAAUGAUAACACUUUAUCUAAAAUGUGAAGAACCCGGACCAUACGAAUCUGUAUACAAACAAGAAAUCAGUGACCGCUGUGAUGCCGGGAAUGAUUAUUUUGUUUACACAUCUCAAAGUUUAAAUGUAUCAAAGAUACAGCCGAAAAAGCCUCCUUCAAAAGAACAGGAAUUAUGGGAUAGUAGAAAGCUUCAGGUCAUAUUAGGUGUUCUAGGAGGAAUAUUUGUCACAGUCGCUGUUACAGGCGUCACGUUCUAUCGCUGCAAGAAAAGAAAACACGAAAGAAGCAGAUCGGAAUUUUUGCCUUCAAUGGGUGACACUGAAAUGGUAGACUUUUCUGGAAGACGAUUUUCUGUGAUCAACAACGAACAGGAAACACAUAUGACAGGCGAGGACAAUGAUAUAGAUUUAUCAUCUUCACGUUUGCAUGAGACAUAUAAAAAUAUUCACUAUCAAGAGAUGGAGAAUCUUCUUAAAACGCAUCGGGCAACGCCAAAUAAUAGCAAAGGAAAUAUCACAGUCAGUGGAAGACCACCUGACAACAUAAAUGAAACAGGACAUUUUGUAGAAGAAUAUAGCCAUGAGUCAAAUGUUACAAACAGUCUCAACGGUAAUGGAAAGGUUGCAUCGGUAAAAGAGACGCACGAGGUGUUGCUCAUUGAUAUUUCGGACGCAAACAAUAUACAACAUAUCCAAAAGGUGGCAAAACUCGAGCACAUUUUACUCAACAAUCUUGACAUCAUUAUUGAAAGAGGAUCAACAGGAAAUAUAUACGAGUUUGCAGAAUUAGCCUUUGAAAGGUAUUGUAAUGUAGUGAUAAUUAUGUCUGAAGAGUUAGCGGAAAUGUGUCAUGAAUUUAGAAACGCUGACGAAAUUAUGUCAGAAGAAUUAUUAACUACAAGGAAUCGUGAUAUUCAACAAUGUAUUGUGCUAGCUACAAUGGAAAGACUGAUAAAUUCACAAAUAUUAAUGCAACGUGACAUUAAACCUUUGAUUUAUAUUGUUUGCCUUGACAACAGUAGGGUAACUAAACAAGCUCUUGUUUUAUUUGCAAAUGAUCAUCCAUUUCUUUAUACUGGAAAUACCAGUGUGCAUAUAAUUUGUGUAAGUGAUCUAACUUCAGAUGAAAUCUCGCCACCUUGCAUUAACAUUAUUAACAGUUUACAACCGUCUGUUAGAUCUGGUAUGCCACUUGACCUGCAAAUGAAGAUAAUGGAAUUGAAUAAAGACAGUGAGAGCUUGAACAGUGAGUUAGAGGAAUCAUUAUGAAUAUCCCAAGUUCAAAGAUAUUUGUAUCUCACAAAAUAUGAAACUUAGAAUAAGGUCAUCCAAGGCAAUACAAUUAACAAUGUUGCAGACUCGGUCUGGUGAUUCAAGUUAUUGGCAGCAGGGAAAAAUGUUGAAACAUUCUUCUUUACACACACAGUAAAGGCUGAAAAUGUAUACUUCAUUCAAGUAUAAUUGACGGUGCUGCAGAAAUGCUGGAUAAAUUUGAUCUUAGAAAUGUAUUGACCUUUGUACAACAAUCUACCUCACUUUCACAAUAACCCGUCCAUUUGAUUUUGCUUAUUUGCUCAAACAGCACAAGCAAUACAUACUAUUUUAAAACCUAAAAACUUUGUAGACAAUAAAUUUCUCAUUACCUCCCUCUAUUUACAUGAAAUGUUAAAUUCGGUAAU